AUGUACAGGCAGUCUGCACUCGCUGCCUAUCGCUCUCGAGCGCUCACAUCUACCCUCGCACGCCUCUCUGUGCGCGCAUCCUCCUCCUCGUCUGGACCCUGCACGAAAUACACCGACGUCACCCACCCUGAGGAUCCUGCUUCGCUCGACCCAGCAAUCCAGCGCCAACUUCACCGACUCGAGUCCUGCACAGCGAAUACCUAUGCCCGUCCACCUCUCAUCUUCACCUCUGGACGAGGAUCGCACCUCUUCACCUCCCACCCUACGCGCGAGUACCUCGACUUCUCCGCUGGAAUCGCUGUGAAUGCCCUUGGCCAUUCGGAUUCAGGUUUCAUCCAGGUGAUGGCGGACCAAGUGGGGAGCCUUGCGCACGCAAGCAACGUCUACUGGAACGAGUGGGUUGGGGAACUCGCUAGUCUCUUAGUGGGGUUGACGCGGAAGGAAGGCGGGCUCGGGUACGCACCAGACGACUCGUACACCUUUUACCAGCGAGACAGCGGACCGCACCUGUUCUCUCGGACAUACACCGAGCCCGAGCCUGAGGACCUACCUGCCCCUUCUCCGACAGGCGCAAAAGUGUUCAUCAGCAACUCCGGUACAGAGGCGAACGAAGGCGCACUCAAGUUCGCCCGAAAAUAUGGGAAGGAGCUGUGGGCGCGCAAGACGGGCAAGCCCUGGGAAGAGAGCACUAAGACCCGGUUCUUGUGCUUCGAGAACGCCUUCCACGGCCGGUCUAUGGGUGCGCUCAGCGCUACCACUAACCCGAAGUACCAGAAGCCGUUCGGACCCCUUGUACCUGGGUUCGACAUGGGCAAGCUGAACGAUAUGAGCUCGGUGAAGUUUAUCACGGAGGAUCAUUGUGGAGUUAUCCUAGAGCCAAUCCAGGGAGAGGGAGGCAUAUUUGAAUGCGAUAUUGCCUGGUUGAAAGCUAUCAGGAAGAGAUGUGACGAGGUUGGCGCGGUAUUGAUCUAUGACGAGAUUCAGUGUGGCCUCUACCGGACUGGCACGAUGUGGGCCCAUUCGCGCUACCCCACCACCGCGCACCCAAACGUAAUCACCAUGGCUAAAGCCCUCGGCAAUGGUUACCCCAUCGGGGCAAUUCUUGUCAAGGAUGAAAUCGCAAAGGCCGUCACCGUCGGGUCACACGGAACAACCUUUGGCGGGAACGUCCUUGCCGCCCGCUUAGCGCACUACGUUCUCACUCGUCUAUCCACACCCUCGUUUCUCGAGCACCUCGCCCUCGUCACAACGACCCUAGACACGCGUCUCUCCUCCCUUGCCGGCUACUUCCCCUCAGUAGUCUCCUCCGUCCGAGGGCGGGGUGCCAUCCGCGGUGUAGGUUUCCACAAGCCUGAAGAUGCGGCCAAGCUGGUGAAGAUGGCUCGGGAGAGGGGAGUACUCUUCCUCUCAGCUGGGAAGGACGCGGUCAGGUUUGUCCCCAGUUUGAAUAUCGCACUGAAGGAUGUGGAACAUGCGAUGGAUGUGCUGGAGAGCUGUUUGGCUGUUAUGAGCAGUUAG